AUGGGGACAUUGGGGACAGCGGCGGGGGCGCGGUGCCUGCUCGGCCUCGUCCUGCUGGGGGUGCCCGGCCGGGCCGCAGGAGCCCUGGCCGAGCCCGAGCUGUGCUACGUGCUGGACGCCGUGCUCUUCCUCUACAGCCUCAUCCUCACCGGCCUCUACGUGCGCCUCAGGUUCCUGACUCAGAGGUCGCGGCAAGCGGCUCAGAAGAAGGAGGAAGAGGCCGUUUAUGCCGGUCUCAGCUCCGAGCACCAGGAGACCUACGAGACCCUGCAGAUGAAGAGCUCCUGACCCCCCCCGUGUCACCUCCUGUCCCCUCCUGUGUCACCUCCCCUGUCCCCAAACCCCGGGACCCCCCUGCCCUCCCCCCCUGCCACCACCGGGAUGGAAAAUUUGGGAUUUUUCCCUCUGAAAAGGCCAAAUUCGGGUGGAAAAUUGGGAUCUUUUUCCCCCUGGAAAUGGAAAAU